AAAUGUCAGUAAAACGAUCAUUGGUGCUCCGGAGCUCCGGCUGCCAUGAGAGCCAGCUACCGGAACUAUCUCAUCAAUAAGAAAGCCCGUCGCAAGUUUAUUUGCAAGUCUUAUUUAUUUUUAUGUCUAUGGCUCAUAUUGGGUAUAAUACAAUGGUGUGUUGUCUGCCUUGUUGACCCCAUAAGAAAAAUAUUUUAUGACCAUUAUGAAGUAUGCUUCGUUACAUUUCUUAUAGCGCUUAUUCUCUUUUUCAUCUACGUAUUCGUUGAGAAGCUACGCUUAAUCGAUGGCCUGAGAUUUAUAAUCAGUAUAUUAAUUGUUGAGCUGCAAAUAAUAUCGCUAUUCGCAUUGGUUGCACGAGUUUAUUGGCCUGAUCUCAUAUUCUUUUUUGGAAUUUGUGUCGUUGUAUUGUUUAUUUUUAUAUUCAUUAGCUCUAUACUUCCAAGACGGAUUGAUUUAACCCAAAAUGUGGCAAAUCUUUUCAUUGGCGCCUUUAUUAGCAUAUUGGCCGCAAUCUUUAUUCUUCUUCGUUUUCUGUUAGUAGAGAAAAAGUCUGGCUCUUUCAUUUCGAACGGAUCACUAAGCUUUCUCGCCUUUGAAUUAUUAAUUUCCUAUAUGAUUCUCAUGUUUGUCAUGUAUCAUGCACAAACUAUCAAAGGAUGCCGAUUUGCAGAGAUGAGACUGAGUGACUCCUUGCUGGCAUCCUUAAUACUCUUUCAUGACUUUCUUAUCAUUUACUGGCUAACAUUCUACUGGCAAUUCCACAAUAAACCCUUAACACCCGGGAAACUCAUAAGAACCACGACAGAGAUAACUUCAACGCCAGAUGAGGACAACCCAGAAUCUGAUUCAGAUAUGACUUUCGUCGACACUGCAAAACCACAUCCCUUGUCAAGCACAGCAACAACAAGUCCCUCGCCAACAACCGUUGCAUCUUCUGGAAAAAUCACUAGCACUGCAAGAACAACUGCUUUGUCAACAACCGUUGCAUCUUCUGGGAAAAUCACUAGCUCUGCAAGAACAACUGCUUCGUCAACAACUGUUGCAUCUUCUAAAGAUACUACUAAAAGAGUUACAAGCACAGCAACAACAACAGUUGCAACAUCAACUCCUUCGUCAACAACUGUUGCAUCUUCUAAAGAUACUACUAAAAGAGUUACAAGCACAGCAAAAACAACAGUUGCAACAUCAGCUUUUUUGUCAACAACUCUUGCAUCGUAUGAAGAUAGUAGCACAAAAGUGACAAGCACAGCAAUAACCACUCCGUUGUCAACAACCGUAGCAUCUUCUGAGAAAGUCACCACCACUGCAACGACAACUCCUUUGUCAACAAUUGAUGCAUCUUCUAAAGAUACUACUAAAAAAGUAACAAGCACAGCAACAACAACAGUUGCAACAUCAACUCCUUCGUCUACAACUGUUACAUCCUCUGAUGAUACGACCAAAAGAGUCACAAGCAUAGCAACAAUAUCAAUGGCAACAUCACCUUUGUUGUCAACAACAGUCGCAUCUUCUGAUAAAGCUUCAAGCAGUGCCACAGCAACUCUUUCAUCAACAUUUAGCACACCUUCUGAUGAAGAUGCAAGCACUGCCACAGCAACUCUUUCCUCAUCAACUCAUGCAUCUUCUAAAGAUACUAGCACAAAAGUGACAAGCACAGCAAUAACAACUCCUUUGCCAACAACCGUAGCAUCUUCCGAAAAAUUCACCACUACUGCAACGACAACUCCUUUGUCAACAAUUGUUGCAUCUUCUGAAGAUACUACUAAAAGAGUUACAAGCACAGCAACAACAACAGUUGCAACAUCAACUCCUUUGUCUUCUGAAAAAGUUACAAGCAAAGCCACAACAAUUCCAUUGCCAAUAACUGUUGAAUCUUCUGAAGAUACUGUUGCAUCUUCGGAUAAAUAUUCAAGCAGUGUCUCAGCAACUCUUUCGUCAACAACUGGUACAUCUUCUAAUGAUACAACCAAAGAAGAGUCUACUUCUGAAACCGUCUUAUCUUCUGAAACCGUCUUAUCUUCUGAUGACUAUUACUACGACGAAUCUACUGAAGCUUCAUUGUCAACAACUGUUGCAUCUACUGAUGAAGAUUCAAGCAUUGCCACAACUCUUUCGUCAACAACUGGUACGUCUUCCAAUGAUACAACCAAAGAAGAGUCUACUUCUGAAACCGUCUUGUCUUCCGACGACUAUUAUUACGAUGAAUCUACUGAAGCUUCAUUGUCAACAACCGUUGCAUCUACUGAUGAAGCUUCUAGCACUGCCACAACUCUUUCGUCAAUAUCUGGUACAUCUUCUGAUGAUACAACCAAAGAAGAGUCUACUUCUGAAACGGUCUUGUCUUCUGAUGACUAUUACUACGACGAAUCUACUGAAGCUUCAUUGUCAACAACCGUUGCAUCCACUGAUGAAGCUUCUAGCACUGCCACAACUCUAUUGUCAACAUCUGGUACAUCUUCUGAUGAUACAACCGAAGAAGAGUCCACUUCUCAAACCGUCUUGUCUUCCGAUGACUAUUAUUACGACGAAUCUACUGAUGCUCCAUUGUCAACAACUGGCACGUCUUCUGAUGAAUAUUCAAGCACUGCAACAACUUUUUCAUCGACAACUGGUACGUCUUCUAAUGAUACAACUAAAGGAAUGUCUACUUCAGAAACCGUCUUGUCAUCCGACGACUAUUAUUACGACGAAUCUACUGAAGUUUCAUUGUCAACAACUGGUACAUCUUCUGAUAAAGAUUCAAGUAAUGCCACAACUCUUUCGUCAACAACUGGUACAUCUUCUAAUGAUACAACCAAAGAAGAGUCUACUUCUGAAACCGUCUUGUCUUCUGAUGACUAUUACUACGACGAAUCAACUGAAGCCUCAUUGUCAACAACACUUACAUCUUCUGAUGAAUAUUCAAGCAAUGCCACAACUCUUUCGUCAACAACUGGUACAUCUUCUAAUGAUACAACCAAAGAAGAGUCUACUUCUGAAACCGUCUUGUCUUCCGACGACUAUUAUUACGACGAAUCUACUGAAGCUUCAUUAUCAUCCACUGUUGCAUCUUCUGAUGAAGAUUCUAGCACUGUUACAACUCUUUCGCCAACAACUGGUACAUCUUCUGAUGAAUAUUCAAGCAAUGCCACAACUCUUUCGUUAACAACUGGUACAUCUUCUAAUGAUACAACCAAAGAAGAGUCUACUUCUGAAACCGUCUUCUGA